GUUACCAGAAAUCUGCAUGUAGAAUUUUCAGCAUUUCAUGCAGUCUUAAUUGUUUCGUACGAAGAAUUUGUUCAAGACGAAGAUGGAUUCUGAAAACCUGAAACAAGAAACAACAACAAUAGUGGGAGAUCAUGGAAGAAUAGCUGAGAUGGGAAAUUCAAGUGAUGCCUUGGUUUCCCUGAUCAGAGAAAAGAUGGAAUCAGUUUCUCCCUCACUUUGUAUCUAUGUAGCCCCUGAAGUUCUACGCAAGGGUAACGAGAAUUCUUUCGAGCCUGUUCUAGUCUCAAUUGGUCCAUUUCACCACGGCAAACAAGGGCUUGAAGCAAUGGAAAAACAUAAAUGGCGAUACUUACGUGCUCUUCUCAACCGAAGACCAAACCUGGAGUCGGUCCUUGACGAUUGUGUCAAAGCAAUGAAGCAGUUGGAACAAAGAGCCCGGAAGUGCUACGAAGAACUAAGCAAUAUGAGUAGUAAUGAAUUUGUGGAGAUGAUGAUUGUUGAUGGUUGCUUCACUAUUGAACUCUUCCUGACUUACUGUAAAAAGGAAUUAAGGCAAAGAAGGGAACCCAUAUUUGCCAAUAGCUGGAUGCUUUUCAGUGUAAGGUCUGACAUGAUACUACUGGAAAACCAACUUCCCUUUUUCGUUCUUCAGCGUUUAUUUGAACUCGUUCCAAUUCCCAAACAGUGUGACCAAUCUCUUCUUGAACUCGCAUUUCGUUUCUUCAGAAUUUUAAUCCCGGGAGACGAUGAUGACAUUCUUCAUGAGAAGUUUUCCAGAGAAGGAAACCAUUUACUUGAUUUAGUUCGCAACACUUACCUCCCUUCAUAUCCAAAAGUGUUACCAAAACAAAACAAUGAAAUGUAUAGAAAUGUAAAUCCUGCAGAGAAGCUUAUGCAUUCAGGAAUCAAGUUCAAGAGAGCGACGGAUGGCAUUAGCUUGUUAAACAUAAAGUUCGCGAACGGAGUUCUGAAAAUCCCGCCUCUGAGGAUUCAUAACUACACAAAUAAUCUCUUACGCAACCUCAUCGCCUUGGAGCUUUGUUCUGUGAACUCUACAAUGUAUGUCACAUCUUAUGUGUUCUUCAUGGAUGGUCUCAUUCAAUCUCCAAACGACGUACAAGUACUUCGACAGCACAAAAUUAUAACUAAUCGUUUAGGAAACGAUGAAAUGGUCCCGGAAUUCUUCAAGAAAUUAGUAUGCGAUCAAAAUAUCGUCGGCAAGGACAAUUUCUACGCGGGCCUUUGCGAACAAGUGAAUGCAUAUAAUAGAAGAACUAAUAAGUGGUUCAACCUCUUCUAGUUGCGCAUGAAGCUGCAAUAAAUCGUGCUAGAAGUCAAUUGACCUAAGUAGUUUCCCUGUUUUUGCAAGGACGCACACAUCGUGUAAAUUCCCGGUGAUAAAGAUAUUGGGUGAUGUAAAUUACCAGUCCGUACAAUAAACUGGCAAGCAUCAUAUUCUUUACAGAUCUAGGACACAAAAAAACAAAAACAAAAAAAAGUUAAUUUGGACUUUGCUCUUCAUUAACAAAUUAGGCG